UAUCUAUAGUUUAUGGCAUUGUGUAAAAUUAUGAGUUUCGUAAUGAACACGUUAACUUUCUAUUCAUUUCAUAAAAAUUGUAAACAGGACAUUAAAAUUGAUUAGCGAUUGACCGUAGAAGGUCGCUUACUUAUUAAGAUCGUAUGUAAGCGUGAGAUUGAUAUUUGUAUCAAUAUGGAGUACGAGAACCAGAAUAUAGAAUACAAUAAUAUUAUUGAAACACUGAUAAACACAUUUGGAGAAGUUCUGAGCAGAGAUGUACUGUACAACAUCGUUGAAGCUUUCAACGGUGAUCUUGAGCAAUCUGCAAAUGCUGUAAUGAAUAUCAUCAUGGAGGAAAAUAAUGAUAACAACACACAACCUGAUUCAACUGUAGACAUAUUUAGGCGAGCAGUAGAAGAAACAACUCAACCCAUACCUAACUCAAGCUCUACUGCUUGUCCAGAUACGCCUAUUUCUUUCUCCAAAAUUGCUGCAAGUACUAAUGCUUCAACAAGAGUACAGUCGCCGGUGUAUCGAGCUGCGACGAGUUCAUCUCCAGAUAUAUCGCAAAAUUUUUGGACUGACCAGAUUCAACUGAUUUUGUCACAUCAUGAGAAUGGUGUACGAAUUUUGAUCCUCAUGAGAGGUUUGCCUGGUAGUGGUAAAACAUAUCUAGCUAAAAAGAUAAUUGACGCAAUCUAUUACACCAAAAAUCAACAUUACGCUACUCAUAUUAUGAGCACUGAUGAUUAUUUCAUGCGCAAUGGACGUUAUAUGCAUGAUGUAUCUAGACUUCACGAGGCGCACCUGUGGAAUCAAGAAAGAGCUACAAAAGCAAUGACUGAAGGAGUUAGCCCUGUAGUUAUAGAUAACACCAAUAUUGAACUUUGGGAAAUGCAGUGCUAUGUGACGCAAGGGGUUAAAAAUGGAUACAUUGUCGAAGUAAUAGAACCGAAUACACCAUGGGCUAGAAAAGUAUUUGAACUAUCCAAAAGGAACUCUCAUAAUGUUCCGGCAGCUACUAUUCGUAGAAAGUUGGAGAACUUCCAGAGUGGCAUAAGUGGUGAAUAUUUGAUAAAGUCAUUAAACUUGCAAUAUUUGGAUUGUUAUAAACCACCCGUUUUAAGAUCAAUACCACCAUUAUCUUUAAAUAUUGCUGAACAGUCAACAUAUUUAGAUGAUCAUGUUGAAAAUGCUUUUGCAAUUAAUACAAUUUCCUCAACAGAAGAAAAACAGGAAAAUCGUCUUGAGAAUGAAUGUAAUUCGCUAGAAACGCCUAUUGCAGCAUCUACAUUGGAAAAUACUAAUGAUAAAACUGACUCUUGUGACGAAUCGUCUGACUUAGCUUAUAAUAUUGAUCAGUUUGCUAAAAUACAUAAAUGCUUAGAAGAAAUAGAGAAAGUUGAAAAAGAGUGGGAUAAUGGUGAUACGUGGGAUGAUAAUUUUCAAAAAAAAAGUAAAGAUCGCGUAAACACUGAUGGUUUUAAUUCAAAACCACAAAGAAGAAAUAAGUCUAUGGAAACUGGUACAGAAAAUUACUCCGACAAAUUUAUAACCCCUGAUGAAGUGUGUCAAGAUUGGAGUAGCUGUUUCAAAUUAUUGCCAUCAUGGGAAGAAACUACCUACAUUAAAGAGAUGGAAUGCAAGCCUGCUGUAGAAACGAAAACCAGUAGCACUUGUAUCGAAUAUGGAGAUAUCAAUUUGUCACCUUCAAAACAUCUCUUAAAAGUUAUAACAGCUGUACCAAGAAAUAUCAAUGAAUACCAUGUUGCAGUAAGCAAUAAGAAAAUGCCAGCCAAAUGGAUGCUUGAUAAAAGCACUUCUACAAAUAAUAAUGACAUCCUUAGGGAUACUUUUGAUUGUCCUAACAAAGAGCAGCAUUUUACUGUAUUUCGAAAACUUUUUAGAAAUAUAGCCAGAUCGGAUUUGCGUGACAUAUUUGAUAAUUGCUUGGGUGAUGUUAACUGGGCCGUAAAUAUUGUAUUACAAGGUAGGGCCAGAAAUGAAUUAGAUAUUGUUGUUAAUGAUGAUUGUUCCGAUACGGAGGCUGAGGAACAUAUUGAUAAUGUUGAUUUGUGCCAAUGCUUAGCUGCUUAUGAAGUAAUACCGUAUAACAAUGACUCGUCGCCGCCCCCUACGCCGAAUUUCGAAAAAAAUGUCAACGAGGCAAUGCCUUCAACUUCAAAGUCAAAAGGUAAAAAAGAAAAUGUACUUUCAGAAAGCUCUUUGCAAUUAAAACGACAAAUAGAACAAAAUGUGGUUAUAUCAGAUGAUCAUUAUUCAGAACAUUGCUUGAAAAUUAGAAAAUUUCGCAGGGGUGAAUGUACUGAUGAAGCGGUUCCACUUAAUCAGCAGAUACACACUGAUGAUGUACAAACAUUGUUGCAUACAACUGAUGAUGAGGAAACAAUUACAUCAUCAAAUGUAUUAAACACAGCAAGUCAUAGUCAGGAACCUAGCACCUCAACAAGUGAGACCGCAGAAACUUAUGCUGGAGAUUCGUCUGUUGUUAACGAGGAUGUUGAACGAAGUGUAAAUAUAACUUUAGGAAAAGAAUGUAUAUCACAGCUUGACGAAAUUUUUGGACGCUCUAAUAUAGAAUACCCUUCAUUUGUGAUCCCUAAAAUAAACAUGCCAAUGUCACUUUUAAAUGAAAUUAAUGCAUUGUGGAUGGAGUCCCUCAUGAACCAGAUAGAAGAAAAUAUUACACAAUCACAAAUAAUUAUCCAACAAGAUAAGGAAUUUGCUAUGCAAUUAGCGAAAAAAGAAGCGGAACUAUUGAGUAAUGGGAAAGAACCUGAAGUGCCCGAUUUCAAAGAAAUCAUGGACAUGGAUUUCGCUCUAUCAUUGUACCAUAAAGAUGUAGCCGAAUGGCGUAAUAGUGUUCCGGAUGACAUGGCUGCUAAAUUGACCAGAGACAAAUUAUCUAAUCUAUUCCCUGAUUUCUCUAAAGAUCUAUUGACUGAAGUACUCAUGGCUCAUGAUAAUAAUUUCCAAGAAACCGUUGAGAGUCUAUUGAUGUCGACCGGCCAAGCUAAAGUUCUUGAACCAAUUAAUGGCUUGGGUAAAUUUAUUAUGGAGAAAGAAAUGGAAAGGUGUCAGAAACUACUGGAUGAGAAAAAAAAGCAGGUGUAUGAAGUGGAAUGGCCAUUGCUUCCGACUGUCGAGAAACUUGAGAUGUCCGACGUCGACAAAUAUCGUGUUGAAGCGGAGAGACAUUUGAAGGCGAGAGACUACAAUUACUUCAAAGCUCAGGAGUAUAUAAGGCGUGGUAUAAUGCCCGCCGCAUCUUACACGAGCGACGUAGCCGCAUAUCAUAGGAAAAUGUACGAUAUAUCCAAUAGUAAGGCAGCUAUGACACUUAUUCAUAUACGUGCAGCAGAAUCGGAUGAUAAAACAAUGACUGACCUCCAUUAUAUGCGUGUGGUGGAGGCAAUACAAACUUUGGACAUAUCAAUAGAUUGGCACAUUAGCAACUUGAAAGAAAUACGGCAAAAAAAUGGCGGCGUUAAUACACGCACGCUGUUUUUUAUAACCGGUCGUGGUCUCCAUAGCAACGGCGGGCCCAGAAUUAAGCCAGCUGUUAAGAAAAGGCUUGCGGAACGAGGUUUGACCUAUAAACAGAAAAACCCAGGCUUGCUUUCUGUUAAUGUGAGUGCUGACAGCAAAUUAACGUACGAGAUCGCUUAGUGUCCAAUCAACUCGCUCGAUGACGAGCGAUUAUCAGAAUGCAGCGACUCUGAUGAUGACAACAAAUCAUCGCCACCAGAUGAAAAGCAACCAUCAUUUACAUAUUACAAUUACUCAUCAUUAACGCAUUAUUUCUAUUAUACAUUAUCAUAUUAUGACCAUUUAUCAAUACGACAUAACAACCCUGCAUCAUUACUACAUUACACUAAUUCAUUGCAACUACAUUAUAACCAUUGGCCACAACCACAUAACAAUUUAUCCCAAGCACAUUACAAUCGUUUUUCACCACCACAUUACAAUCGUUUUUCACCACCACAUUACAAUCGUUUUUCACCACCACAUUACAAUCGUUUUUCACCACCACAUUACAAUCGUUUUACACCACCACAUUACAAUCGUUUUUCACCACCACAAUACAAUCGUUUUUCACCACCAUAUUUCAAUCCUUUUUCACAACCACAUUUCACCCAAACGUCACAACAACAUAACCCUUUGUCAUCACCACAUUACAAUAUUUUUUCACCGCCACAAAUCAAUCGACCGUCACCACCACAUAACCAUUCAUCAUUAUCACAUACCAAUAAUUCUACAUUACCGCAAGACAUGAAAGCAACAUUACCACAAGAACCACGGGAAAACCGUCCAUCAUUACCACAAUCAGAAUCUGAUAA